ACGCGCGCGCUCUCCGGUGGCCGUUUCUGUUACCAACAGUCAAGCUGCACCACCAACCACUGCUUCUGCUCUCUUGACCAUGAAAUCAAAGUGGAGAAUUUGUGGUGGAAUUUUGCUCAAGUCUAUCGGCUGCGUUUGUUCAUUGCGAGUUUUAUUCAAUGAUUUUUACUUCCUUGUCGGCCUCAACGGUCCUUCAAUGGAACCAACGUUUCACACAGGAGAUAUCAUUCUUGGAGAAAGACAUCCCAGGAACAUUGCCUGUGGUAAUAUCUUGGUUUUAAGGUCACCGUUUGAUCCAGACGGCUACAUUGUGAAGCGACUAAUGGGUCUGCCUGGGGAUAUCAAACGAUAUGGACUUACUUUUACCAAGGUUCCAGAAGGACACAUGUGGCUAGAAGGUGACAAUGGCAGCAAUUCUAGAGACAGCAGAGUGUUUGGACCAGUGCCCCAAGGUCUCGUAACUGGAAGAGUAUUGUAUAAAGUAUGGCCUCUCAGUGAUGUAAGAGCAUUCUAAGUUUAACUAAGUUUAGAUUAAUUAAUGGUGCAAUAGGAAGUUCUUUGUGUUCAUCAAGAAAACUCAGUGAAAAUGACAUAUCAGGAAGUUUUGGUCACUGACCUAUUGCUCAAGUAGGACCAAUGUAGUGUUCUUUAAUGCUUCCUAUGCACUGUCUUGUCUGUGAUUUUGAAGGUAAGAGAAUAUAGUUUACCUUUUCUUAAACUAUGCGAUCAUUCUCAUAGUAUACGACGUGAAUUACUGCCAGCUCAAAGUUGUCAAAUAACUUUAGGAAGCUUCAACAUGCAUUGUAUCAAUGGCUUCCUCAAAUUGCAAAAUGUGAAACAAACAA